CCAUGCUAUAACGUUGGCAGUUUGAUCACGGAACUCAUUCUCAUGCGUGAACUUACAGGAGCGCGUUCGGUGCAAGAGUCAUUUCGUAUCAAUGUCACUUGCGACUUUUUGGAAAUUAAUUUAAAAGUUGAAGGACGCCGUAUAUCAACAAAGCCAUGUGUACGUCUGUCGUAUGAAUUGACUUAUGCAUGUUGUCUUUCCCACUUGCAUUUGUUUUGUAAGUUUUCUGCGGUCACAGUUAUUUCCCCAUUUUGCUCGGAUCACUCAUUGACAAACAAACACAAUGACAUGUGAGUUUGGGACGCACUGAAGAGUCUAUAGCCGGUGUUGAGUGAAGCAUUAUGCGCUACCGGUGUAUAAUAACCGUCAACUCCUACUUCCCAGUGAAUAUAGGCCUACUCGUGUUUUACCGUUUGAGUUUGGUUGUCGAUGACUGAUUGAUUGUCAUAAAUUGUCACCUUGGAUAGCCCUUUGGAUAUUUAGCUCCCUGGACCCUGCAGCGUGUCUGUAAAUUUAAGUAAAGCUGAACUAAAUAUGGAGAUUCUCUGAUCGACGUGAAGCUGGAACUUGUUGUCGGACAUGUCUCUACUACACUUGGGAUCCGCUUCUGUCAAGUGGGUUCGCCUACCAAAGCUUAUACGUCUGGCAAGCGUGUUUAUCUUGUCUGUAUUCGGAUUAGCGCAAUUGCAGUUUCUAGGCUCGGUUGAGAAAUUAAAGCAACCCUGGACUUAUAAUCAACGUCCAUACGUUGAUGUUGACAUAAGAACGAGAGAUGAACAUAUAAAAGACGCAGCCAGGGAUAUAUUGUACAUAGAUGACGUUGAGGAGGAAUGGACAUCUAACAAAAAGAAUGUUGUUACUCGCAUAUUAAAGCCUGUCUAUGCCAGACUUGGCCCUCAAAAUCAGAAAGCUACAAAUACACAGAAAGGGGUUGGCAUACUGCACAUGCAGCGGUGGGCGUCUGAGAAUCAUACAUUCGAAGCCGAAGCACAACGAUUUCUAGAAUAUAUCUCCAACCCACAGAUUCAAUGCAAAAAUCUGUUAAGUCCCGGUGUCCAAGCUGUUGAUCCAAGAGGGCGCUAUAAAAAAGACUGGGCAUGGAAAGUAUGUUACGAUGAGCAAUAUGUAGGAUCCAAUAUAACAAAUGAAAAAAAGAAAUGCAUCGUGUAUUCGUUUGGUCCUGUUAUAUAUCAAGGCAAAAUUGAAGUAGAUUUGGCAAGAAAUGGAUGUGAGGUACACGUCUUCGAUCCGUCAUCGAAAACGCCUAUUCAGCAUUCAUCAUCUUUCGAUAUUCACAUCCAUGCUUUAACACUGGACUGGCGAGAGUCUUUGAAGAUCAGUCGGCCUAACAGACCAUCUGCAAAAACCCGUCAAUCCAGACGACUCGCCAGUAUAAUGCAGGAGCUUGGACACCAACAGGUUGAUAUAAUUCGUGCUGACCUUCAAAGUUCGGAGUGGAAAUUACUCGAGAACCUUAUAUUAGACGGCAGUAUCAACCAUGUUCGACAAAUUAUUUUUACUGCUCAUCUUCAUUGGAGUGGGUUCGAAGUCCGUGGAUCUGACCCGGAAGUGGUUCGUUAUUGGUACAGCGUCCUCAAAUCACUGGAAUCUACUGGCUUUAAACUGUUUAGUUCUUUCAAGGAUAACAAUGGACCUAAAGUUUUAUUGGGCAAAAACUUCGAGAAUGCGAGCUGUUGUUUUACUCUCGGAUGGGUUAAGAUAAAUGGCAGGUGACGAACGUUGGAGGCGGCAGAUAGAGAAUUAGUGAUAUCGCGGCUCUUCUAAUUAGGUGGCGGGUUGUUGUUGUUGAGCAUGUUCUUCUUUUACUCAACUUAUCAAAAGUGUUUCAGUGUUGUAUAGAGCUCAACUGGACGCACCUUAUACUCUCAUUCGGUACAAAUUUUCGACCUGCUUAGUUACAAAAGUACUGUACUAUCAAAAGGCAAUUCCAUUACUCGCUCCAUGUUUAUCUGAAAAAAUAAAAACUUAUUUUAAAAAUCUAUUUAAUGUAGUUUUUAGAGAAACUCUAAUUAUUUAUUGAUAUUUAGCGUUUAAAUGACGCUUUAUAAACUCCAUCAUUACUAUUAUUAUUAUUUGGUUGAUUUGUUUUUCGAACAAACUUAAGUCCUGUCCAAACUAUCAAAUGCUAUUUGUCAAAAAACACGUGACAUGCCUAAAUAAGUUCAUGAUGACAUCACAUCAUGACCAUAUAUAGGCACAUCAUGACCAUAUAUAGGCACAUCAUGACUAUAUAUGGGCAUACAUCAGUUUUUUGUCAAAGAAAAUUUGAUAGUGUGGACAGGGCCUAACGCUGCAUAGUGAAUCUGAGAGGGAAGCGUUUUCAAAUAAUUGUAAUAUUUAUUUCGAAUUGUUUAUUCACCCAGCAAACAAAAAACACAGUUGUGUGACGGUUGCAAAUGGUUUGCACAUUGUAUUUAUUAGAUGUCAAAAACUGACGCUCCAAACGUUGCAGGCCUAACGUUAACAUUAUUUAGUUCUGAAUUACGUUUUAAUUGCGUAAAGUAUGGUCAUAGGCUUCUAAACACGUUUUGAACA